AUGUUGACUAAAAAAGAUAUAGAAACCCAUGGAGGACUGAAUAAUCAUACAUUUAGUGCAACAGAACCUUCCACUCCCAAAUCUCGAGUAAUAAACACGGAUCAGAGGGUAUCUUCUUCAGCAACCACUAAACCACGAUAUGCGAAUGAAGUACAUUUACCUCCCUUACAACUACCAUUACUCACUAAGAAGCUAUCACUUGGAGUGAGUAAUUCAUUACCAGGGUCAUCUAGGAGACCCAAAUCUAGACCAGGAAGCUCUCAGGGGAACAGAAGGUUCAGUGACAUAUUGACUCCAACUAGAAGUAGAAGUGAUGCUAAUGAAAUAGGAAAAAAUUUAAGACGACGAUCUUCAAUGAUAAAGACAGCGACAGGGGAAGUUACAUAUGAUCCCAAUUACGUUGGACCUAUUACCAUCGACUACUUGAAGUUUUUUUGCCGAGUUUCUGUGAAGGAGAAGGAGCGCAAUUCAGAGAAUGAAGAGAAUGGAGAGAGCAGCGACGAGAAAGCAGAACGAGCAACAUACGUGGCCGAGGAUGAGAAACAUCUUUCAAGGAAUGCAUCUCCUCCAAAUGAAAGACUCAUUGAUUUUGACCACUCAUUACCACUUCCUUCUGAGGAGGAUUACUUCAAAUCACCACAGAUAGCUGCCGAACAGUCUUUCCCGUCACUCGGUGUAUCUAACAAUGAUCAACAUUCAUUAGCUAAUGAUCAGAAGAAAGAUAAGACUAAUCAAGGUUCUUAUUUGGAGAGAAUAUUGCAGGCACGGAAAGAAAAAGCUAGGGCAGCUAUCAACGAAGCACCUAAAACGGGCACAGUCUAUCAUGAAAUAACGAAUACUACAGAGGAUACUGGCGGAGAAAAGGAUGUUUUGUAUGACGGUAAUAUACAACGAGAGACCCAAGAGGUAGAUGAACUUUUUUAUAUGGAACAAGUUCCAGGCAUUGACUCUGAUCCCCUCACUAAUGCUGACGUUGCUGACUCUAAUCAUAAUAAUCAAAACACCACAACUGAUGAGCAUAAUCAAAGUCCUGCAAUUGGUGGUAAAUCUGGGGUUCCAUCAACACAAAUUGACACCUAUAGUGAACAAUUUGAAGAACUCCAACAAAUCAAUCAACCUUUUGAAAAAAAUGAUACCCAUAAUGAAAGUUUUCAAGAACCCGAACAAAGCCAACAUCUUUUUGAAGAAUUAGACAACAUUCCGGAUGUAAUUGAAGAAGAGUUCACUUUACAGAAUGCAGACUACGAAAGUUUUGGAGACAAUCAAGAAGAAAUGAUGGAUGAAGGUGAUGAAAUCAACCCGGAGCCUAAUGACAAUGCAUAUGUUUUAGAUCUGAACUGGGAGUCAUUCGCACCGCCAGUCUUAAAGGAAGAAACUAAUCGAUUUCUCCCAGAAACCACUCAGAAUAACCCAUUGCCAUUAAAUAUGGUGAAGCGAGUUGUGAAAACACUUCGCUUAUCCCUGGUGUCUAAUGAACAGAAAGAUCAACAAAAUGCUUCAAAGAAAAAAGUGAAACAAUAUACCCCUGAGGUAUAUAAUUUGAUUCAAAAGUGCUCAGACGAACUUUUGCAGAACGUUGUAUCAGAUUUGGAAGCUUAUUCCACCCAUAGGACGAAUGGAAAAGGAGGUUCAAUCAACAUUAAGGAUACAUUAUUGUAUUUGAGUAGAAUUAAAUUUGGAAGACAGAAACUGUUUCAACGAAGCACGGUAGAUGAGGUUUCGAUGAUUGCUCAAGAAUUCUUACCCCUAGAAUUACUCAUAGCUCUUAACAAUGACUUAGAUCCAUUUAGCAAAAGCAAGAUAAAGCACAAUUUGGAUUACGAAUCCAGUGAUCCUAGUGACUCGGACUCUGCUGGAGAAAUUUCCCACAAAAUCAGACGCUUACAAACUUUUAGUGAUAGCGAGACUGAGUGA